AAAAAAAAAAAGAGAAAAAAAAAGUCACCUCGCAGGAACAGGGCAAAACGAGUUUCCGUUUUUUGAGCCAACAUCUUACUUUUUAUUCAGCAAAUGGUGGGCAUCAAAGACAAGAUCGAUGCUUUGGUUAAUGGAGAGCAACCAGCUUCUUAUGAACGAAAAAGGAACUACAACUUUGGUGAUGACUUGGGCAGUGGAUCAUAUGGUUAUGUCAGACAAGCAGUUCGUAUAGCAGAUAAUACACCUGUUGCUAUCAAGAUUAUACCCAAAGAUAAACUGGAUGGUAAAUUUGAUAUGGUCUAUUCCGAGAUGAAAGUUCUCGAGGGACUUUCACACCCAAACAUCAUUGGAUUCUACGAUUGGUUUGAGUCACGGAAUAAGUUCUAUCUUGUGUUUGAAUUAGCAACAGGAGGAGAAUUAUUUGAACGUUUAUUUGAAAGAGGAAAAUUUACAGAAAAGGAUGCUGUCAAAAUCGUUAAGUCAAUUUUAAAAGGGCUUGAAUAUCUUCAUAAACAUCACAUUGUUCAUAGAGAUAUCAAACCCGAGAAUUUAAUAUUUAAAACAAUGGAUUCUGAUGCAGAUCUGGCUAUUUGUGAUUUUGGCAUUGCCAAGAUGGUAAAGGAUGAUGAUAUUGGAUUAAAGACUAUCUGUGGAACAGCUAGUUAUGUUGCUCCCGAGGUAUUACUGAAAAAGCCAUAUAGUUUCCCAGUCGAUAUAUGGGGAGUAGGGAUUGUUACAUAUAUUCUCCUUUGUGGUUAUCACCCAUUCCAAGGAGAGACUCAGCAAGAACUAUAUGAUGAGAUAACGCAUGGUCGAUAUGAAUUCCACUGGAGAUAUUGGAUGAACGUGUCUGGAAAUGCGAGAUCAUUUAUACAGAAAUGUCUCUCACUCAAUCCAAAUGAAAGACCGACAGCAACAGAGGCACUAAAUGACAUUUGGAUGAAUAGUGAGGAAGCCAAAGAUGUGGAUCUUUUGGAUACAGUCAAAGAAAACUUUAAUCCUCGACGAGUAUUUAGAAGUGCCGUAAGCGCAAUUAAAGUGAUGAACAGAAUACGUUCUCGGUCUAAACAAGACUAAUUGCAAUUAUUUUUCAUUUUCAAUCUUUAAUAAUAAAAAUACUUCUUCCUUAGAAGAAGUUACCAAAAAAUUAGGGUAAACUUCCUUAGUGUCCCACAUCCACGGAAAUCUUUAGUAAAAGGCGAAAGAUUUAUCCGAUCUGAG